AUACUGCAUUAUAAUUUGAAGUCGUGUUUGCAUCAUUUGCUUGUAUAUAAUUUCUUUUUAUAAUGUAAUCUUUCGUAUUUCAUAGCUCCAGGCAUGGACAUCUUAUUUUACGAGAUAACAAUGUAUGACCAUGGUAUGACCUCGAAUCGACCGAUACCUUUUCCGAUUUAAUGAACUUAAGUCACGCUCCAAGACACCUAAUGUCACACCAGAAACCGAACACACGACACUACACACUUCAGCCCGAAAGACCCAGGACAAACAACAAUAAUCAGGAACUUGAAGGGAUAUCCUAACUAUGAACCAUGUCUAACAUGCUUAAGGAAAAUGGAAGCGAAAGAAGACGUCUUCUUGAUGAUGAAUGCAGUCUCCAGACAACCCCUGUGGCCGAUGCCCAAUCACAGAACAAGGACUAUGUGGUUUACAGAGAGAGGUGGUAUAUUCUCAUACUUUUCUCAGUCAUAGCCCUCCUGUAUUUGUGUACUUGGAAUACAUGGGGACCUAUAGAGAACACAGCAUCCAUCGUUUUGCAAUGGGGUCCAGGGCAGUUUGCGCUGCUGGCUAAUUGGGGACCCUUUUCAUUCCUUCCUUCGGCAUUACUAUUUUCAUGGCUGCUUCAUGCAAAGGGACUCCGUGUGUCGGUUCUAGUCUCUGGUGGACUUCUCGUUAUGGGAUGUGGUAUAAGGUGUAUUCCAGCACCAGUCUGUAUGAUGAAAUGGACAAUGAACAUUGGGCACAUAUUUAUAGGAUUGUCUGGGCCAGUUCUGAUGUCAGCAGUCACAGCCAUAUCUGCAACUUGGUUUCCAACAAAUGAACGUACCACUGCAACUGCCAUAGCAGCAACAGCUCCAUACAUUGGCCUUGCAGGCUCCUUUAUCAUUGGACCACUCAUUGUGACAGAAAUCCAUAGUCCAACUACAGGAUCCCCACUUACUCCUAGUGGAAAUCAUUCUGACGAAUAUUACUAUGAUUACAUAGAUGAUGAUGAAAUACAAAAGCAUCUUCAGGAAAUUCGAAAUCUUAUGUAUAUUGAAUUUGGAGUAACUGCUGCAGUCUAUUUAUUAGCUUUGGUUCGCUUUCCUGCAAAACCUCUUACCCCACCAUCGGCUUCAGCUGUGAGAGAGAGAGAAGAUAUGAAAGCUGGGAUUAUUGCUUUACUCAAGGAAGUAUCAUUCUGGAUUCCAGCUCUUGCCUAUGCAUGUAUUACUGGUGUCUUUUACGGUUGGACAGCGCAGCUAGGAGCCAUAUUCGGUAAUAAAGUCAGCCAAACAUCAUCAGGUUGGAUGGGUUUUUACACCAAUUUGGCAUCAUUGGUUGGAGGGGCGCUUACUGGCAGGUUUGCAGAUCAUUUUGCUGGAAAGAUGAAACCCAUCCUACUGUUCCUCAUCCUAAUAUCUUCACUUUGCCUAACAUGGGCUAUUCUUAUUGUUAAUGAAUAUAUUAAUUUCAACCUAGAUUGCCUAUAUGCCGCUGUUGUUUUAUUUGGGUUGUUCCUCAACUCCACCAUACCACUUUUUCUUGAGAUAACUGUUGAGGGCGCAUUCCCCAUUGGUGAAGAAACAACCACCAUUCUCAUGACUAUGUUGAAUAAUGUGACUACCCUGGGUUUUCUCAUUCUACCUAUGAUCCCAUCAAUAGUUGACUUUGCUUGGCUGAACUGGGUGAUGUUGGGAUCUGUGGUUAUCUGUAUUCCCCUAAUGGUCUUCUACAAAGAGCGCUAUAACAGACUUUAUUUUGAUGCUAUACAUCCAGUCGAUGACAGCAAUUUACAAGAAAAAUAGAAGGUUCUAAUCCAUUUUUUCUGCAACUCUUGUGACAUCCACUUUGAACUGUUUAACAGCACUGCAAUUGACUGUCAGUGGUUCCAAUGAAUAUGAAUGGAGAUGGGUUUUUUUCUAUCCACUCAUAAUACAGUGGUAUUUUGUUUUAAGAGCAAUAUCUAGUGACAUUCAUGGUAAUUCCAAUGUUAAUAGAGUAAUUAACCCUUGUUGCACAUUAAAUUGGGGACAAAUUUGAUGUCUUACUAUGAACUACAGAAAAAAUAUGAGAGGGUGACAUGAUCGAUUUUCUCGGUAUUGAAUACUGAUCAGAAUGUGCAUAUAAGUCAUAUUCACAGCAUUAUGCUUGUUUGAUAUUUCUAUUAAACUCAAUUGCUAGAGUGGAUAGUUAAAACCUGUUAACAAUCAAAGUUUCAUAUCAUCACAAUCAUCAUAUCAUGAUGAUCAUCAUCAUCACUACCACCACCACCUCCACCACCAUCAAUCUUCAUCAUUAAAAUGUAUUUUCAGAAUAUUGCUUCUUCAGUGAUUCAGAGCCUUAUCAAUAUAUUAUAGGCCUACAAAGUGCCAACAGAUUGGUUUUCAAUAAAAUUUACACUUUCACACAUUUACUGUAAUAUGUUCAUCAGCAAAUCAUACAAAAGCAUUCGGUAUAAAGAGAACUUCGGGGUUUAAAAAAAUACAGUAGUUUUCUUUACAAUUACAUUUUUAUUACAAAUAUGCAUCUUUUGAAAUUGGAUUUCUUAUGAACACAUACAACUAAAUUGUACAAGAGUUUGUUUAUUUUGACCAUACAUGUAGAUCAUUCAAGGAUAACAUGAAUAUGGUGUGCUGUAUACAGAUAGGUGCUUGCAAUAAGAGAGCUUGAGAAAUGAGAUUUCAUUUGAUCUCAAAAGGGGGUAAAGGACUUACAUAGAAGAUAAAAUCUCAUUGGAAAUGCAGAGUACGAAGGUCAAACAUUUGUCUUCACCCCAAAUCAAAAUGAAAUACAAUGAAAGAUUACUUAUGUUAAGCUUGGAUCAACAAGGCAUGCAAGCAGGCUGAUUACCCAAAGAAGGAAAUGAGGCUUACAUGUACUAAGCAACGUUACAUGUGGAUUGCUGAAGUAAAGUAUUUAGCUAUUCAUUGCAUAACUUUUCAAUCUGAAAUGAAUUAUCCUAAGUUGCUGAGAUGUAAAAUACAUCAUUUACAAUAUGGAAAUUUGGACAUUAUAACCACUGAAGGAUGGCUUGUGUAUUUGUAAAUUGACAAUGUAUUUGAAAUUAAAUGAAAAUAAAUAUUUCAUGUACGAUCAAUU